AUGGCGAAAGUAGCCGCGCGUGGUGCAUCAACUACUGCUUCGCUACAAAUCGGUGGCGACACCCUCAAAGUUGGUCCAACAGUUAAAAGGAAGACCCCUUCGGAACUCAGAGGGGAACAGCUUAAGCAGACCAAUGUGUCUGAGCUUCUUAAUAAAUAUUUGGCCACAAGUGAGAUGGAUAAUUCAUUCAAAAAGCCAGAUCCUCCAAGGAAUCCUAGAUAUACUGACACCCGUAUGGAUGAAGUAUUUCCUGCCAAGAAAUCAAGGUUCAAACUGGUUUCAGGAAAAGAGAAUGCCAAGGAAAAUAGUUCAAUUGAGCUACCUAUCAGCCUAAAGAAAAUCUCUGCUCUUUCAAAUUCGGCUUCUGUGAGAAGGCAACAAUUUUCAUGUUCAAAGAAUUCUGUUUCUUCUGCUGAUGUUCCAAAAGAUGAUUUGCCCAAUGGCCAUAGUACACUUGAAAAAUGUAGUCAGGGUACAUUUCUUAGUGUUACUGAGCUUUCAUCUGGGGGUCAAAAGUUAUCAGGUUUGGCAAGUGUUGACAUGGAUAAAGCAUUGAAAGGACUAGCUGCUUGUGAAUCAAUCCUGACUAGACCUCCCGAGUCUUCUGAAGGUGAUGUUUCAACUGGAAACUUCUGCACUGAAUUCCAUGUGACUGGCCAGAAGAUUCCUCUGGAUUUUACUAUGAAAACUUACAUGCGAUUGGUGUCCUCAUCCUCUGUGAAUUGGUUAAAUAGGUCAAUGAGGUGUGCUACCUACAAUGGUAUGCCUCAAUUUACAACCAAUGCUGGUGCUUCAGAUGAUCAGAAUAUUAUCAGUGCUUCACAGACCAGACUGAGUUCUCAAGUUUUGAAUUCUAAAGCAUUACAUUCAUGGAUUUAUCCUCAAUCUACUUUACCACCAUCUCUCAUGUCAAUAUUGACGUCAGCGGCAGUAGAUGGAGUGGAAAUGGAUUUCCUAAGAAAGCGAAUCGGAGUGUGGGAGGAGUCAUUUCGGAGUCUUUACUAUAUGUUUCGGAAAAAUGUUUGUAGCGUCUUUUAUGGUACAUGUUUUUUCAUGGUUAUGAUUUUUUCAUUGACACCUUUGCAACCACCCGCCAAUCUUCUUGGCAUGUGA